GCAGCAAACACGUGGGCCACGGCAUCCAGAGCUCACAUAAACAAAGCCACAUUGGCUUGGAGUGGCUUAGUAGAGGCAAGUGUCGCUCACAGACUGGGGGGGCUUCAUGAUUUGGAAGAUUUGGCUUCCACUUUGUGGUUUGUUCUUUUCAAAGCACAUUUUUUAAGGAAGAAAGGCAGCCGUCCUGAAUGCUUAUCGCAUGGAUUGAACAUCUGGAUUUCAACGAGGGCAAGAUCCCGCCUACUCGAAUCCAAAAACGCUCAUCCAAGUCUUGUAUCGUGUUCCUGACCUGCACCGUCUUGAGCCAUGCCCUGCGUCCAGGCUCAGUAUGGAUCAUCGCCCCAAGGAGCCAGCCCCGCGUCCCAGAGCUACAGCUACCACGCCGCGGGAGAGUACAGCUGCGACUUCCUCACUCCCGAGUUCGUGAAGUUUAGCAUGGACUUGACCAACACCGAGAUCACGGCCACCACCUCACUGCCCAGCUUCAGCACCUUCAUGGACAACUACAACGCGGCGGCGGGCUACGACGUCAAGCCGCCGUGCCUCUACCAGGUGCCGCACGCAGGCGGCGGCGAGCAGUCGCCCAUUAAAGUGGAGGACGUGCAGAUGCACGGCUACCCACACCACCCGCACCAUCACCCGCACCACUCGCACCCGCACCAGCAGGGACACUUGCCGUCACAAUCCGACGACAUGAUGACCCACGCGGGGCCCAUGUACUUCAAGCCGCCGUCGUCGCCGCACGCGCCCAACACUCCCAACUUCCAGGUGCAGCCCGGCGCCAUGUGGGAGGACCCCAGCCCCUCGCUGCACCCCUUCCACCACAACUACAUGAUGGAGCAGCGCAAGAAUCCCGUGUCGCGACUCUCGCUCUUCUCCUUCAAGCAGUCGCCGCCCGGCACGCCCGUGUCCAGCUGCCAGAUGAGGUUCGACGGCCCGCUGCACGUCUCCAUGGGCCACGACGGCUCCGCUUCGGCGGCGGCUGCGGCGGCCGCGGUGCACCACCGAGGCCUGGACGCACAGAGCUUCGCGAUGCCCGGGGGCCUCCGCAAGCAGGGCGGUCUAGCCUUCCCGCACUCGCUGCAACUGGGACACGGGCAUCAGCUGGUGGACAGCCAAAUACCGUCGCCGCCCUCCCGCGGAUCGCCGUCCAACGAGGGGCUGUGCGCUGUGUGCGGGGACAACGCGGCCUGCCAGCACUACGGGGUUCGAACCUGCGAGGGCUGCAAGGGAUUUUUCAAGCGCACCGUCCAGAAAAAUGCCAAAUAUGUGUGCUUAGCCAAUAAGAACUGUCCAGUUGACAAACGCCGAAGAAAUCGGUGCCAGUUCUGCCGUUUCCAGAAGUGCCUUGUGGUCGGGAUGGUGAGAGAAGUGGUGAGGACUGAUAAUCUGAAAGGUCGACGAGGACGACUUCCAUCCAAACCCAAAAGCCCCCAGGAGCCCUCCCCCCCGUCGCCGCCGGUCAGCCUCAUAAGCGCGCUGGUCAGGGCCCACGUGGACUCCAACCCUUCCAUGUCCGCGCUGGACUACUCCAGAUUCCAGGCGAGUCCUGACUACCAAAUGGCGGGCGACAACACGCAGCACAUCCAGCAGUUCUACGACCUGCUCACCGGCUCCAUGGAGAUCAUCCGCGGCUGGGCCGAGAAGAUCCCGGGCUUCUGCGACCUGCCCAAACCGGACCAAGACCUCCUGUUCGAGUCGGCCUUUCUCGAGCUCUUUGUCCUUAGGCUGGCAUACAGGUCCAACCCGAUAGAGGGCAAGUUAAUCUUUUGCAACGGCGUGGUGCUGCACAGGCUGCAGUGCGUGCGUGGCUUCGGCGAGUGGGUGGACGCCAUCGUGGAGUUCUCGUCCAACUUGCAAGGCUUGAACGUGGAUAUCUCGGCGUUCGCCUGCAUCGCCGCGCUCGCCAUGGUCACAGAGAGGCACGGGCUGAGGGAACCCAAGCGCGUGGAGGAGCUGCAGAACAAGAUCGUCAACUGUCUGAAGGACCAAGUGACGUUCACGGGCGGCGGCGGCCUGAACCGGCCCAACUACUUGUCCAAGCUGCUUGGCAAGCUGCCCGAAUUGCGCACGCUGUGUACGCAGGGGCUCCAACGCAUCUUUUACCUCAAACUCGAAGACCUUGUGCCUCCGCCGGCCAUUAUCGACAAACUCUUCCUCGACACGCUGCCUUUCUGAGAGGAAAAAAAAAAAGUUUCCCACGCUGACUACUUCCACGCCCAGACCCUUCCCCCCCCCCAAAAAAGAAAUCUUUCUAGCCCCUUUAGGCCAAUUUUAUUUUUGUUCUUUGUGGACAUCUGCAAAAGCAGGACUGGAUGGACCCCCUUUUUCCUAUGAGGACCUUACUAAAAUUGAUGACAAAAUACCUUUAUUAUUAUUUUAAUCGAACACUUGUUUUCACAGUGCAUGCCAGACUGCUCAAAUGCAAACAUUUGAAUUCCAACCGGGCGGUGGGUUAAAAGAAAAAAGGGAUUCAUCAUCUUUCCAUCAUAGCACCCCCAAAUGUAAUAUAUGUCCCAUUUAUAUAUGAAUAUAUAUAGUAUAUAUAAUGUAUAUGCGGACACGCGCGGACACUGUAUAUUAUUCUAAUAGAUGACGCAUCACUUUAUAUAUGUACAAAGUUUGUUAUAAUGCUUUUUUUUUUUUGCUUUUCAAAUCGUGCCUCCCCUCCAAACAUUGACCCCCCCCCUCCCCCCCAAAACGACGCAUGUCUUAUUCUGAUUAUUUAUUUUUGUUUCUCCUCUAUAGGCACAUGCAGAGGCGAUGUCUAUAUAUAUAGCCUACCGGACACUAUGUAGUCUGCUAGAUUUGAUACCAAUGUAGUUGGCACUCAAACUAAUAUAUAAAUCUAUACAGUAAUAUAUAUGAUCUCCUUGCGCAUCCAGGGAGGGAGCUAGGAAGGAGCCUUUGUGUUUGUACAACUGUCACAUUCCUCGUUUGUAUGUGUGCUGUAAGUAUUGUUGCUGUUCAAUAUAAACCUUUCUCUAUAUGCUUAGUGCAUUUCUAUUGGCUGAACGACGAGCAUGGAUGCACAUCGAGAACAAAACAAAAACCAAACAACGUUUUGUCCACGUUUUUUAUGUUAAGAGUGGGUUUCACACGAACAAAAAGGAGUGGAAAGAAUU